AUGGUGUCAGGCGAGGGGCAUUCGCCCCAGAAGCUGUCCAUUCUGGGCGAGCCAAACAUCGUCGCCGACUUUGGACUCUGGCCGGCCUACGUCGCUACAGACCUCCUCGAGCACUCGCCGUCCUCCACCUAUGUCCUCAUUACCGACACGAACCUGCACGAGACGUACGUCCCGCCCUUCCAACAAUGGUUCCAGGCCAACAAAGGCGCUAAGGCCACCCGCCUCCUGACCUACGCGAUUCCGCCGGGCGAGGCGUCCAAAAGUCGCCAGACCAAGGCCGAGAUUGAAGACUGGAUGCUUUCGCAGCAAUGCACGAGAGACACGGUCAUCAUUGCGCUCGGCGGCGGCGUCAUUGGCGACAUGAUUGGUUAUGUCGCAGCGACCUUCAUGCGGGGAGUCCGCUUCGUGCAGGUUCCCACCACCUUGCUCGCCAUGGUCGACUCCUCCAUCGGCGGCAAGACCGCCAUCGACACUCCCAUGGGCAAGAACCUUGUCGGGGCUUUCUGGCAACCCCGUCGGAUCUUCAUCGACCUCGCCUUCCUAGACACCCUGCCUGUCCGCGAGUUCAUCAACGGCAUGGCCGAGGUAAUCAAGACGGCGGCUAUAUGGGAUGAGGCCGAGUUCACGACCCUGGAGCAGUCCGCCGCCGAAAUCUUGGCUUGCGUCCGUUCGCGGGGUUCGAAUCGACUGCACCCAAUCCGGGAUUCCCUGAAGCGAAUCGUCAUCGGCUCGGCGAGAGUCAAGGCUGAGGUCGUAUCCAGUGACGAGCGCGAGGGCGGUCUUCGCAACCUUCUCAACUUUGGCCACUCCAUCGGCCAUGCCAUAGAAGCCAUUUUGACCCCCCAGCUGCUCCACGGCGAGGCAGUGGCGAUCGGCAUGGUCAAGGAGGCCGAGUUGGCCCGCUUUCUUGGCGUGCUGCGUCCUCACGCCGUGGCGAGGCUUUCCAAGUGCAUUGCCGCCUACGGCCUUCCCACUAAUCUUCAAGACAAGCGCGUCGUCAAGCUCACCGCAGGCAAGCAAUGUCCGGUCGACGUCAUGCUGCAAAAGAUGGCCGUCGACAAGAAAAACGAUGGUGGCCAGAAGAAGGUUGUCCUGCUGUCAGCAAUCGGCAAGACCCACGAGCCCAGAGCCAGUGCAGUGGCAGAUCAGAGCAUCAGGACGAUCCUGUCGGCUUCCGUCUCUGUAGCUCCAGGUGUCCCCGCCUCGCUCGACGUCACCGUGACACCCCCCGGCUCCAAGAGCAUUUCCAACCGCGCACUGGUGCUGGCAGCCCUCGGCUCCGGGCGCUGUCGCAUCAAGAACCUACUCCACUCCGACGAUACACAGUACAUGCUCUCUGCCAUUGCGCAGCUCGGCGGCGCUUCCUAUGCUUGGCGGGAUGCCGGCGAGGUGCUCGAAGUGGAGGGCAGGGCUGGCCAACUCAAGGCAAGCAACGACGCAUUGUACAUCGGCAAUGCCGGCACUGCGUCUCGCUUUCUAACAACCGUCGUUGCCCUCUGCACGGCCACAGACACCGCUAGCUCGACCGUUUUGACCGGCAACGCCCGGAUGAAGACGCGCCCCAUCGGACCCCUUGUCGACGCCCUACGUCUGAAUGGCGUCGAGAUUGAGUAUCUCGAGCAGGAAAAGAGUCUGCCAAUACGGGUGGAUGCCGCUGGCGGGUUCAAGGGUGGCGUCAUCGAGCUCGCCGCAACGGUGUCGUCCCAAUAUGUCUCCUCCAUCCUCAUGGCGGCGCCAUAUGCCAAGAACCCGGUCACGCUCCGCCUAGUAGGUGGCAAGCCAAUCUCGCAGCCGUAUAUUGACAUGACAAUCUCCAUGAUGCGCUCUUUCGGUGUCAUCGUGACAAAGUCCACGACCGAAGCGGACACGUACCACAUCCCGCAGGCCUCGUACCAGAACCCUGCCGAGUACAUCAUCGAGAGCGACGCCAGCUCGGCCACCUACCCUCUUGCCGUCGCAGCCAUCACAGGGACGACGUGCACAGUGCCCAAUAUCGGAUCCGAGUCACUCCAGGGUGAUGCGCGAUUUGCCAUUGAAGUCCUGCGACCCAUGGGCUGUCUCGUUCACCAAACGGCGACUUCGACGACUAUUACCGGUCCCCCGAUUGGGACCCUCAAGGCGCUUCCGCAUGUCGAUAUGGAGCCCAUGACCGACGCUUUCUUGACCGCGUCUGUACUGGCCGCCGUCGCUGACGGCAAGACUCAGAUUACCGGCAUCGCAAAUCAGCGCGUAAAGGAGUGCAAUCGCAUCGAGGCUAUGAAGGACCAGUUGGCCAAGUUUGGUGUUCACUGCAAUGAACUGGACGAUGGCAUCGAAGUUCACGGAAUACCACUGGACAACGUCCACCGGCCUGCCGUUGGUGUGCAUUGUUAUGACGAUCACCGCGUUGCCAUGAGCUUCAGUGUUCUUUCCGUGGUAUCUCCAGGUCCUACGGUCAUCACCGAGCGCGAAUGUGUCGGCAAAACAUGGCCGGGGUGGUGGGAUGUCCUCUCUCGAUGCUUUCAGGUCGACUUGGAUGGCUCCGAUCUAGGGGCAUCUAUUCACCACGAGGUCAAGCCGAAUGCAAAAUCGGAGAGCUCCAUCGUCGUUAUCGGCAUGAGGGGCGCAGGCAAGACCACGGCGGGGCGGUGGAUGGCCAAUCUGCUCGGCUGGCGUUUCGUGGACCUCGACCAGGAACUGGAGAGGCGGUCAGGCCAGACCAUACCGGACAUGAUCAAUGGCCACCGGGGCUGGGAUGGCUUUCGCGAGGACGAGAUGGCACUGUUGCGCGACGUGAUGGACAAGCAGGCCCAACGCCACGUUUUCUCAUGUGGCGGAGGGAUCGUCGAAACCCCAGAGGCCAGGGAACUUCUGACAGCAUACUGUCGCAACGGUGGUCGAGUUGUGCUGGUACACCGCAGUACCGACAAGGUCGUGGAAUACCUUAUGAGAGACAAGACCCGCCCGGCGUACACCAGCGAGAUCCGCCAAGUCUACCUGAGACGCAAGCCAUGGUACGAGGCAUGCAGCAACUACGUCUACUACAGCCCGCACACGAAAGAUCUUGGUUGCGGCUCAGGGAUUCCCGAGGACUUCGGGCGAUUCGUGGCUGCACUGGGUGGAAACACCUCUCACUUGCAAACCGUGAUCGGGAAGCGGCAGAGCUUCUUCGUGUCGCUGACGCUGCCUGACCUCGCUGACGCAUCACAUCUGAUCCCUCGUGUGGUUGUCGGUUCAGACGCCGUUGAACUUCGAGUGGAUCUUCUGGCAGACAGAAGUCCAGACGCCGUCAUGGCUCAAGUAUCCAUCUUGCGACACGCUGCCAAGAAGCCCAUCAUCUUCACGGUCCGCAGCGAAUCGCAGGGUGGCAAAUUUCCCGAUGAUGACCAUGAUGCCCGACUGGAACUCUACCGACUAGCUCUCAAGUCGGGCGUCGAGUAUCUCGAUGUUGAGCUGACAGCCUCCGACGGCACAGUCCAGGCUGUUGCCGACCAAAAAGGAAACACGCGGAUCAUCGCCUCGCACCACGACCCCCCCGCAGCACUCUCGUGGAAGAAUGCAUCGUGGAUUCCCUAUUACAAUAAAGCGCUCCAGUUCGGCGACAUAGUCAAGCUGGUCGGGGUGGCGGCGACCAUGGAGGACAACUUUGACCUGAUGAAUUUCAAGAGUCGCAUGUUGGCCGAGCAAAAGACUCCUCUGAUUGCCAUUAAUAUGGGGCAGGCGGGAAAGCUAAGUCGCGUUCUCAACGGCUUCCUUACCCCCGUCUCUCAUCCAGACCUGCCCUUCAAAGCUGCGCCGGGCCAGAUGUCGGCAGCCGAGAUCUGGCAGAGCCUGGCCCUUUUGGGUGAGAUUGAUCCAUUGCGGUUCUACCUCUUCGGCAAGCCGAUCGCCCAAUCUAGGUCGCCCGCACUUCACAAUGCCCUCUUUCGACUGACGGGGCUUCCGCACGAAUACGAGCGACUGGAGACUGAUGAAGUCGCGAAUUUGCGGAGCGUCUUGCGUAGCUCCGAUUUUGGCGGUGCCUCGGUCACGAUCCCCCUGAAGCGGGAUGUCAUGGACCUCCUUGACGAACUCACUUCAGCCGCCCAGAUCAUCGGCGCGGUCAACACCGUGGUGCCUGUAAAUGACAAAUCUGGCCGUCGCCUUGUUGGCGACAACACAGACUGGAAGGGGAUGGUCUUCACAUUGACACGCGGCGGAGUGGCCACUGCUGAGCCGGACUCCUGUGCAAUGGUCGUGGGCUCCGGAGGCACGACAAGGGCCGCAAUCUUUGCAUUGCGGUCCAUGGGGUUCAGCUCCAUUCAUGUUGUUGGUCGCGACCCGGCCAAGGUCAAGACCUUGGUCGGAGACUUCCCGAGCGACUACAAUCUUCAAGUCGUGGCGAGUGCCUCGGAUAUCCAUUGCAUGAAGCGAGGUCCGACCGUCAUCGUCAGUACCAUUCCGGCAGAUAGGCCUAUCGAUACUGCGGUGCAGGAACUUGUCCAGCUAGCAAUGGGGCGGGGGGACAAAGGCGAUCAGUCAGGGCGUCGUGUGCUACUCGAAAUGGCAUACAAGCCACGCGUCACCCCUGUUAUGCAAUUGGCUGAGGAAGCUGGAGGAUGGACCGUUAUCCCCGGGCUGGAGGUGCUGGCAUCCCAGGGAUGGUACCAGUUUGACUUGUGGACUGGCAUUGCUCCUUGUUACGAAGACGCUCGGAAUGCCGUCUUGGGCUCGACUCCGGAAGUGUAG